ACUUCCAAUUUCCAUCCCACCAAAACCUUUAAACCCAACACACGUUCAUUUACAAACCCAACAACUAAACCAAAAUCAACAGUCACGUGUAUCUCACGUGACCACCAACAACACCAAAAAACCAGAACAACAAGCAUUUAUAUCAUCACACUUUCACCGGUGCACCCUUCUUAACUUCCACCACCUUCACACGUCACCACCGUCACAAUGGCUCUCUACAACCCUCCGCCACCGCUCCUCACCACCGCCACCACCAAUGCCGCCACUGCAGCAUCCAUAACCAACCUAUCACCUCCUGCAUCAACAUCCUCCUCAUCCACAUCAACAUCUUCAUCAAUAAUCAUCGUGAUUAUCGUUAUCGCCUCAGCUAUCAUCGUCUCCGCCUCCAUCUACCUCCUCCUCCGCUUCUUCUCCCGCCGCUGCAACCGCUCCGCCGUUCAAUCCUUUCCGCCUGCAAACGACGCCGUAUCGGAACGUAAUCAUCACGUCAUCUGUAUCGAUACCGGUAAAGUUGAAUCGCUUGAUUCGCUUCCGAUGUUUACGUUUUCGUCACUUACAGGUAAUAUCGCCGGUGGCGAUUGCGCCGUUUGUUUAUCGAAAUUUGAACCGGUGGAUCAGUUACGGCUGUUGCCGUUGUGUUGUCACGCGUUUCAUACGGAAUGUAUUGACGCUUGGCUUAAAUCGAAUCAAACGUGUCCGUUAUGUCGUUCGACAGUUAAUCCGACGGAAGAUGACGUCAUGAACAAGAUUCUCUCCGUUUCCGAUCGUACUACCGGCGGUUCAACACUCGGAAACAGGAAUAACAGUUUUCGGAUCGAGAUCGGAAGCAUUAACCGUCGACGAACGCCGUCGGAUUCUGGACGGAGAUCGUACUCAAUCGGUUCAUACGAGUACGUGCUUGACGACGGAUAUGAAGUUCCGGUAGAAUCAACUCGCCGGAGAGAAACAGAUAAGGAUUUAACAACUCCGGCGGCACCGAUGGAAAACCUAGCGGCGGAGAUAGGCGACGGCGGUGGAAGCGGACGGUUGAACUGGCUGCGUGAUUACGUGGAUCGAGUAUCGGUAUCAAUUUCGUCACGAUCACAUUCGUUUCGCGGCUCCGGCAGGUUUUUCGCGGGAAGUAGUCGCCGGAGUGAGGCGGUUACGGUGGAGGAGUUUGAAGCUAGUAGAGUCGGAGAAGAGAUUAGUGAACUUUUUCGGUGGUUAUCAGGGGUAUAAUUGUAAAUUGGUUAAAAGGUAGAGUCUGUUUUAAUACUUCCAUAUUUUCUUUCCUUUUUUUUUCUUUUUACGGAAGCUCAGUCUUUUUCUAUUUCCACUCCUAAUAUUAUUAUUUGCGGCAGUGUGGAUAGCAAAAGUUGAGAUUUACUUGGAUAUAAUUUCGGAGA